CGCUUCGUCGCGCAAUUUGCAGCGCAUUUCACUCUAGAGUUAUGCCAUUCCGCAGAGACAUCGGUUCGGAACAGCCGCCGAGGGAUGAACAUGCCGACAGCUAUGUGGAUCAUCUGGAGGUCGAUGUGCUCAUUGUUGGUGCCGGCUUCGGCGGAGUUUACCUACUGCACAAGCUCCGCGAUGAAUAUGGUAUGAAGGUUAAGGUUAUGGAGGCGGGAAAGGACGUUGGCGGGAUCUGGCAUUGGAACUGCUAUCCCGGGGCGCGGGUCGACUCGAUGGUUCCGGUCUACGAACUGAGUAUCGAAAAAUUAUGGAAGAACUGGACUUGGACGGAGAAAUACCCCGGCUACGCUGAGCUGCGCGAGUAUUUUGCUCAUGUCGACCGCGAGCUUGACAUCAAGAAAGACGUUGCCUUCGACUCCAAGGUCGUUCGCGCGCAGUUCGACAAAACCUCGCAGAGAUGGACCGUGAAGCUGGAGAAUGGCCGGACGGCGUACUCCAGGUUCUUCAUCUGCGCCACCGGGUUCGCAGCGAAGCGCUAUUUCCCCAAUUGGCCUGGUCUCGAGAGAUUCAAGGGUAUCAUGCACCACUCGUCCUUCUGGCCUAACGAGGGCGUUGACGUGACCGGGAAGAGAGUAGCGGUCGUCGGCACCGGUUGUACCGGCAUUCAGAUCGUGCAGGAGACAGCAAAGACGGCGGCAUCCGUCACUGUUUUCCAACGCACGCCCAACAUCGCUCUGCCGAUGCGGCAGGAGAAAUUGACCAAGGAGGCGCAAGAGGCGCAAAAGAAGGAAUACCCGGAGCUUUACAAAUACCGCCUGAGGACGCCUACCGGCCACCUGACACAAUCUAUCGAGCGCAACACUUUCGACGACACUCCCGAGCAGCGCGAGGCGUUUUACGAGGAACUCUGGCAGAGGGGAGGAUUCCCCUUCAUGAUCAGCUCGUACAAAGACCUGCUGUUGGACGAGAAGGCUAACGACGAGGCGUACGUAUUUUGGGCGAAGAAAACGCGCGCGCGCAUCACCGAUCCCGUCAAGCGUGACCUCCUCGCGCCACUGCAGAAGCCGCAUCCGGUAGGGGCCAAGCGUCUCUCUCUCGAGCAGGACUUUUACGAGGUGGUGGACCGGCCGGAGAACGAGUUGGUGGACGUCAGGAAGACGCCUAUCGUCGAGGUGACGGAGAAGGGCCUCAAGACGGCCGAUGGCAAGGAACGCGAGUUCGACGUCAUCGCCCUAGCCACCGGCUUCGACUCUGUGACGGGCGGGCUGAAGGACAUGGGGCUGAAGGACGUCAAUGGUGUGGACCUGAGCGAGAAAUGGAGGAACGGGACGUACAGCUACCUGGGCAUGACGCUCUCUGGAUUCCCCAACCUGUUCUACAUCUACGGCCCGCAAGCCCCGACGGCGCUCAGCAACGGUCCUAGUUGCAUCGAGUCACAGGCGGACUGGAUCAUCGACGCCAUAGCCAAGAUGAAGAAGGAGGGAAUCCGCUACAUCGAGCCCACGAUGGCCAGCGAACAGGAGUGGCACGACAAGAUCGAGAUGAUCAGCAAGAAUACACUCUUCCACAACACGGACAGCUGGUAUAUGGGGGCGAACAUUCCCGGAAAGCCUCGAGAGCAACUGAAUUAUCUUGGCGGUCUCCCGCUUUACACGCAGGAGUGCCGCAAGGCGUUGGAUAACGGGUUCGAGGGCUUCGUGACCGUAUGAGCGAGGAGCCCGGAAAGGUGAAUCGCGAAUAGGAUCACACCCUACCAUCGUUUUCAUAUCAGCAGUCAUCUAAUACUAUAGUACAGGA